UCUCGACCAGGUGCUGGAAGACUCGUCGCCGAAGGAAAGCGCCAUCCGCUCCACCCUCGAUACGACCUUGAAGUUCAUCGACACGGUCGGGGGUGUGGUCGCGGGCGGCGCAUCCGAAGUGAGUUUGCUUCCUUCUCCCCGAGCUCCGACCGUGUUGGGGUUUGAACCAGCCCAUGAGCACGUAACGAUCUAAAAAAAGACGCCGCUGAUAGCCGUGUUUGCGUGCGAAUUGAGGUCUUUGGCCCUGCCGAAAUAUGUUUCAACGCCGUGAGCCUAGUCAUCCAUGCAUGGCAGGGCUACCAAGACGUGUUCGAGAGCUUGGCGGGCCUGCUCGACAAAUGCAGCCAAUACCUGGGCCGUCUAGAGUACUACAUCCGCGGUGGCAUGGAUGCCCGACUGGCCAAGGUGGCCUGUCAACAUCUGCAACUAUUCGUAGAGAUCUGCGAUCGCACCAUCAAGCUGCGACACUCGAAGAGGAGGAAGUUGAUGGUCUUUUCCAAACUAUUCUUUCUCAAUGACAACGAUAUCCAGGAUUUGCUGGACAAGAUGGACAGCCUGGUUGACCGCGAAGGCCGCUUGGUUACGGCGCAAACCUUCCGUUUCGCAUCCCAGGCUGCCAUGGGCACCAAGGAGAACCUGGCUAUUAGCAGGGCCGUGAACAGUAAAAUCGAUAUGCUCCUCGCAAAUCGGUCGGAGCAGAUGAAGGAGACUGAUACCCAGCGAAGACGGGAUCUGAUUCUCAAGAAAUUGGCGUUCGAUGAGAAUAAACUCGAACGUGGAAGGCACGAGCCUGACCCGCUCUGGCAACGAGCAUAUCAAAACAUUCGAAGACUCGUCGUGCCGGGCACGGGGCAGUGGUGUUUUUCUGAGCCUCUAUUUGUGGCUUGGGAAAGGAACCAAGAAAUGAGCCCGCCUAUUCUUGGGAUCGAAGGCGUCGAAGGCUCCGGUAAAAGCUACCUAGCCUCCACCAUAAUACGACGGCUUCGGAAUCGCAGCUCUGUGGAUAGUUGUGGCUCGCGGACCUUGCUAGCCUUUUACUUUCUCGAGGGCGACUCGAAGGAAGAGCUCAAGAGGACGAACCAUCUAGAUCUUAUUAUCAAGUCACUAGUUUGGCAGUUCACCCAGGCCGAUGCUUCGUAUUUGAGAUUGGCAGCCAAUGUAUGCGAAGAGACCAGCGACCUGGACCCUGACGAAAUUCCAGAUUAUUUUCUGUUCAACAAAGAUCUGGCUCGAGUUAUUGACGCGACCUUCUUUAUUGUCAUCGACGGCAUAGGUGACAUUGUUGGCGAUGCGUUGAUCAGGUUCCUUCGUAGAGUGUCAACGCUCACAGCUGACCAUCAGCGCGUCCGUGUUCUUCUCACUGGCCGCCCGAGGGCUUUUGAACAACUCGGGUCAGUCAAAGGUAUGUCGUUUGAGAAAAUAUCUAUAAGCACGAAAAACCGGUCCGAUGUGGAAAAGUACACGCAGUCCCGAAUGAAUCAUAUCGAAGCGCUCAAAGACACGCGCCGCAUGGGUAUCCCAGAGCUCAGGCGAAAGAUAUGUGACACUCUGUGUGAAAAGACCGCGGGUGACUAUUUUAGGAUCAACACAAUCCUCAAGCACAUCAGCACACUAGAUUAUGUUCACGAUAUUGAUCAGGUGCUGGAAGAUGCUGGAAAGGAGCGGUCCGAGCAAAUUCAAGGUGAGAUUGAGAAACUCAAUCAAACUCUUGACUCCAAGGAGAUUGCAGAGGUCAAUGAGAUCAUUCUCUGGAUCCUUUACGGCAGGGAGUGGUUCAAGCCGCGUCAAAUGGCAGCUGUGCUUUAUCAGAGAAGUGGCGACCUAUCGCUCCUGCCUUUGGAAACGAAGCUGCAGAUAAAAUACUCCUUGUUUGAAGUGGACAGUGAUGGCGACAUUGACUUUCGCUCUUAUGAGAUCGCGGAGUUGAUCCCGGAAAGGAGUCAAUCUCUUGACAGCGAUAGAGAAGACUCCACCAGCACUACCAAGAAAGUCAAGUCUUCUGAGGUCACGAUUGUGCGGCACUUCUUGAACACAGUCUGCCCGCCAGAUCUAUAUGACCGAUUCGAAUUUGAGCCAUUCUUCGAGCAGAAACUCCGUGGUAAGGGUGGCCACAUAUAUCGAGAUGAUAAAGAUAUGGCCGAGGUGAAGCUUGCGGUUACCUGCUUGCGUAUUCUGACCGAGAAAAGAGAUGGGCGACGUGAAAUUCUUCGGCCGUACGCAGUGAGCUACGUUCUACAGCAUCUAUCAUCGGUGGAUCUAGCGUUUGUAGAUCGAGAAUGGAAAACUGCCGUCGGGCCUCGUCUGCUGAAGCUCUUUACAGAUGAAGCAUCGACAGACGCCUUGCUGUGGACUAACGAUCUGGAGAAGGCUGCCACAUUUGCGUGGCAUGCUCGUUCUGCAUGGCUUGAUAGCGACGGAGGCGUCACGGAAGUUUUGCGGUGGUUUAGAGACUCUGCCGUGGUGUCGAGUAUUUCUAACCCUCGGGCGAGAGCCUGGGUUAGCAGCCUUGUUUCGAGCACAUCACCCCAGAUGGACUUGCUGAAGUCAUUUGUGGAUAGGAUGGCGGUCCACUGGUUGCGGGAGGCUUCUCCUCAGCCCCUAGCCUGUAGCGCUUUUUCCUUCUUGUUUGACUCGAUGCGCAAGAUGGAGCACGGCGAGAGGUGUGAAGAACAUCAAACACCUUAUGAUCCGUCAAAGCCUACAGUGGAGAACAUUGGCAGAGUAGAGAAUUGGUGCCGCACAUUACUAGAAUCCAAAGAGACGGAUUCUUUGUGGGAAGUGCAAGUGGCCACCGUUCUACAGAACUUCUCCUUCGAGGUGGAAGCCCAAAACCGAUGCCGGAAUGCCCUGAAACUUGAUGCGGACAAUUGGCGCGCUUCUUUCUACCUAGCCCGCGCGGUUGCAUCUGAUGAAGAAGCCAUCAAGAUUCUAGAAGACGUAUCGGCACGUCUUCAAGGGGAUAGCGAAUGGAUUAAGGAUGGCUCUCACAGGAAGGCGCUUGCCGAAAUGCUCUUCGACCUAGGGCAGAGAUAUUGGUCCCUCGACAAGUUCGAGCUUGCUACCCAAUCUUAUACCAGAUCAAUUGAAACCAACUACAUCGGCUAUGAUCGUGCUUUGGCGAUUCUUGAACAAUACCACAGUCGACAUCGAUGGACGGAUAUUGUUGCUUUCCUGGAAACAAUUCAAAACACCUCUGGGGAUACACAACCUCUUUUCGAUAUGCUCGUUAAUUUGGCCAGCAAGGACACUGUGCACGAUAUUAUCUUACAAACAGCCAUGGAAACCGAGCAGUUUAGUCUCCUGGAACGCAUGUAUACUGGUGCCAUCCAGCUAGCCACUGAAAGGCAGGCCUACACGAGCCUGUACUACAUCCGAUAUCACUUUGCUAAUGCUCUUUCUCAAGAGGUGGAAAAUGAAGAGCGCGCGGUCGCACUCUGGGAGAUCGCUCUCAAGGAUGAUCUCCCCCGCUCCUUCUUAGACGUCGAAGACAUUCUCCCCAGUUUAACGAUCAAGCUUGCCCCAGUCUAUCUGCGUCGCGCAAGAGCCGCGGAACACGACUCAGACAUGGCUCAUGAUUAUCUUCGCCGGAUCUCAGAGAUCCUGCCGGACGAGGUGGCCGAGAACAAGAUCUUAUUCCCGGCAAAGCUCUAUCUAUCCAGAUACUACCAGGUAAAGGGAAACCAAGCCAAGGCGAAACAAAUCGCUCGCAGUGUGGUCGAAAUAUCCCUGGAGAUCCUGUCCGACGACGACAAAGACAAUGACUACCUCGCCUACUGGAGACUCCUACUCGUCUUUCUCCCCCUAGACGACGACCGAAACGCAUCUGCAGCAGUCAUCAUGGCCUCCCUUGCAAGCCAGGCAUCCACAGACACGAACAUCGGCCGAGAAGAAGCCCUCGUCGAGGAUCUGCAAGAGACCACCCAACCCGAAAGCUCUGAUCAAGAGACAGAAAAGUCGCAAAGCAAAGUCACGCCUACCAUCGACACCACAGUGAGCAAGUUACCACGGCAAGGAACCUUCGCUGAGCCAGACCCCAGCCCUGCUAGCCCCAUCGAUCAUCUAUCUUUCUCCCCUCCUCAGAUCUUCGCGGUCUGUGACGGCGAAUGUGGUCAUUACUGGGAGACCGCCAGCGAAAUGUGGUGGUGCAAGGAUUGUAUCAACCUGACCUUCGACCGGGACUGUUUUGAAAAACUGCAGAAGGGCACGUUGCCGCUGAACAUCUGUGACAAGAGCCAUGAGUUCUUGGUGCUUCCCAAGUGGGAUGAUGAUAAGAUGCGGAAAAUUCCAAGGGGGUAUGUCCCGUACGGCGAGCGGGCUAUCUCGUUGGAGGAGUGGAAGGGGGUGAUUAGGAAGAUGUAUGUUGAGCUGGAUGGUUAGGUAUAUUUCAGAAUGUUUAUUGUUGAGUAUGAGUGUUCAUGAUAGGUUUGGGUGAGACGUCAGGUAUCAGUCCAUGCUAACGGCCGAUUUUUGUUCCUCGAUUAGUCGAUUCAUUCUAGCGUUAUUAUAUACAGUUGCAUUAUACUCGCA